ACUCCGGCUCGCGGUCUCUCGGUCUCUCCAUGUAUCUCUAGUCUCUGUGUGUCCUGCUGCAACUGAACUCUUCGAAACUAUCGGGUUGACGACUGCCUGGCGGCGGCGACGGUGACGAGGAUAUAAUCGAACCGCGUGGAGUGCGUUUUUUGUUUCUUUCGUGUUCCGGAAUUGGACUGGGUGGAAAUAAAAGUUCCUCUUUCCGGUCGGUCACUUUGCCGUUUAGAAGAGUGCGCGAAAAAGUUGAAAAAUCACUUCGUUAUCCCGAUUGGUUUCGAGUUAAACAGCUCACCAGCAAGCAUAACUUAAUUCCCAUCAUACACAUAGAACCAACCCAGCUCCAACGGAAGAACGACUAUCCUCUCAACUAAAAGUAGCAGCAGGAAAAGUUGCUACAACUGCAACGUUCCUAUACAACACCGACGAAAAUUCAACAGUUCCAACAGCAGGCCUCAUGUCGACGACGCAAAGGAUUUGGACAACCGACGUCCAUCGGAACGAUGAUCAUCUGUCCAGCAAAAUCAUUAAAAACCACAACAACAACAACAACAAUGGCACAGCAAUGUUGGCUUCCGGUAAUGCGGCAACGGCAUCCAAUCCUUACCUCGUGGGAGUGCAAUCCAGGUUUCGCCGGCGCUAUUAUCACAAAUCUAUUUUUAUAGCGCUGAUCGUUAUCAUUAUCAUCCUACUGAUUGCCAUCAUUGUGAUUGCCUGCUUGCUCCACUUCCCGCCGGACGUGUGCCACAGUCCGGAGUGCCUUCGGGCGGCCGCCGCCCUUCAGCAGAGCAUGGACCGCCGGGUCGAUCCGUGCGAAGACUUCUACGCGUACACCUGUGGGAACUGGGCUGACGACCACCCGCGACCGGAGUCCUACAACAGCUACGAUUGGUUCAGCGAGCGGCAGGGCCGUAUCCUGCGCAACAUCCGCCAGUACCUGCAGCAGAACGACAGCUUCGACGAUCCGAAACCGGUCAUGCAGGCCCGGGCCAUGUACCGGGGCUGCAUGAACCUGACGGCGAUGGACCGGCUGGGGUACGAUCCGUUGUUCAAGCUGCUCGGGGAGUACUUCCUGCCGAACUAUCCGACCAUGUUGAACCUGACGCAGGUGGACUACGAGAGCUACGACUUUGACUGGAUUCGAUCGUUGGCAAAGGUCAAGCAGAUGCUAGGGAUGGACAUCAUGAUCGGGUUCGAUGUGUUUCCAGAUCCGAAGAAUCGCGACUCGAACCGAUUGGUGCUGGGAACGCCCGAGCAGGGCUCGGAUUUGCCAUUCAACGACAACAUCUUGAAGCACAUGUCGAAAGCCAAGCACAAAGUCAUUGUCAGCGAAGAGGAAGAAGACUACGUGGAUGACCCGGAAGAGGACACCAAACACAUGAAGGCCUACAAGAGCUUCAUGAUCGGAGCCAUGAAGAUUCUGGUUAACAAUACGGAUUCAAAGCUUGAGAUCGAACCGCUUGCGGAUAACUUCCAGAAGGCGGCUGAUAUCUACAUCAAGAUGUCCAAGGCUCUCAUGAAGAUGGAGAAACAAGCGGAGAAUGCUUCCAAAACAAACAACACAGAGGAUCGACUCAACCUGCAGGAUACGCUCUCCGUCAGCGUCCACGAGCUGCAGAACAUGACCGAUCAGCACAUCUUCCCGAGGGACCCGUUCCCCGUUUGGGAGCGUUACCUGAAUGAAGUCUUCGAAGGCAUACCGGAAGCGGUGCUUGAUCUGAGCCGCGAUCAGAUCCUUACCAGCAACGCCGAUAUCCUGUAUCUGCGCCUGCUAACUGACUAUCUCUCACAAACUCCUCUGGUGCACAUCGAGUUGUACAUCUGGUGGACGGUGGUGGAAGAACUGAUCCUUCACACGACGGCCGAGAUCCGAAGGCUGCACUACGAGUACUACAAGACGAUGGUCGUGACGGAGGGAUACACUCCGCGAUCGCUGUAUUGUACCGGCGCGGUGAACAAGCUGAUGGGCAUGGCGGUGAGCUACGCCAUUGCGGAUCGGAACUUCCUGACGGAAACGAAACCCAAGGUGAAGCAAAUGCUAGGGAACAUCCGGAAGGCGUUCGAACGACUGGUCAGGGACACUACCUGGAUGGACUGGAAGACGAAGAGCUCAACGCUGGAGAAGUCACAGGCGAUGCGCAGCUUGAUCGGGUUUCCCGAGUGGAUCUUCGAUCAGGGCAAGCUGGAGCAGCUGUACGAUGCGAUCGACUUGUGCGAUACGCAACAUCUGGGGAACAUGGUUCAGCUGAUCGAACUGCGAAACGUCAAGUACCUUCGCCGGUGGAGGAUGAAGAACGUCCUGAGUUGGGACACCUAUCCAACCAACGUGAACGCCUUUCAUGCCUUCCAGGACAAUGCAAUCACGAUUCCGAUUGCCAUCCUGCAGUAUCCAUUCUACCAUCUGGGUCUAGAGGCGCUGAACUACGGUGCAAUCGGGACGGUUCUAGGGCACGAGCUGACGCAUGGAUUCGACGAUAGCGGUCGACAGUUCGACAAAGACGGCAACCUGAAACAGUGGUGGACGAACAGUACGGUACGGGAGUACGUCAACCGGACGGCGUGCUUCGUUCAACAGUACAACGGUUACUACAUCGCGGAAGCUGAAGACUACAUCGACGGACUCCAAACGUUGGGAGAGAACAUCGCGGACAAUGGCGGCGUCCGGGAAGCCUUCGAGGCGUACAAAAUCUACAAAAAGCACAACAAGAAGGAACCACUUCUGCCAGGAUUCGAAAACUUCACCCACGAGCAGCUGUUCUUCAUUUCCUAUGGCAACCUAUGGUGCGAAUCGCACACGGCGUCCGCCGCCAAGGCUGCCUUGGAUGAUACCCACUGCCCGGGCUGGAUACGGCUCAAGGGUGUGCUGAGCAAUUCGCCCGAGUUCAGUAAAACGUUCGGAUGCAAGGCGGGCAGCGGGAUGAAUCCCACCAGCGAUAGGUGUAGAAUUUGGUGAAAGGUCAUAUACUAUACUAUGGUUCCAGUUCGUUUUAUGUUCUUCGUUGCUGCAAGAGGCAUGUGAUCAAAAAGUUUGGCACAUAAAGAUUAAUGGAUCGACAGAUUCACAUAUCGAAGGAUAGGCAGAUUGACAGAUCGACAGUUUAGUAGAUUUACCGCUACAACGGUGUCAAAAUUUGUGAGGGCAUAAAUACCAUCAGAAUGUAACGAAGAAUGUUAACAGACAACCAAGCAAUCAAAUUGUGUGAUUUUAGCAGUAGAUUUUCCGACCAAUUUUUGAUCUCGCAACAGACGUGUGAUAUAUUGAAGUGCAAUAAACCAUUUGUUCCAGGCUGUUCA